AUGUUCUAUUCUGAGACUCUGUUGUCGAAAACCGGGCCACUGGCUCGCGUUUGGUUGUCGGCCAAUAUCGAGCGCAAACUCUCCAAGUCGCACAUUCUCCAGUCCGACAUUGAGAGCAGUGUCAAUGCCAUUGUUGACCAGGGCCAGGCUCCCAUGGCCUUGCGUUUGAGUGGCCAAUUGCUCUUGGGUGUUGUUAGAAUCUACAGCCGCAAGGCUCGCUACCUCCUCGACGACUGCAAUGAAGCUCUGAUGAAAAUCAAAAUGGCCUUCCGUCUCACAAAUAACAAUGACUUGACUAACACUGUCGUCGCCCCUGGUGGAAUUACUCUCCCCGAUGUGCUUACUGAAUCUGAUCUCUUCACCAAUCUCGAUACAUCUCUACUUUUUCCUCAAACUCUUGACCUGGAGCCAGCUGAAAAGCAGCCCGGCGGUAUGGACUUUGGAAGCCAACUUCUCCCCGACAGUAGCUUCCGCCGUUCUGUUUCCCAGGAACCCGCUCGCCUUGAAGAUCCUUCUUUGGUUGAUCUCGACUUUGGCGACGAUGAAUUGCCUCUUGGAAAUGACCCGACCAUGGAAGUUGGUCGAGACGCCCCCGCGCCUCGUCCAGUCGAAGAGGAUCUCUUCAGUGACGCUGGAAAAUUCAACGACGGCGACGACUUGGAACUGGACCUUGGGGAUGAUGACACACCUCUGGAUAAAAUGGACCUUGCUGACGAUGGCCUCGAUAACGUGAAUGAUCUUCUCCCGGAUGCUCCCAUGGACUUUGGCAACGACGACUUUGGUGGUGGCGACGAGACCCCCCGCCCUGCCGAAAACCGAUUUGAACGCGACACUGAGAGCCCCCUUUCUGACGCUGGAUCCGAUCAAAUGAACCAACUGGAGGAAGAAUUCAACCGCGAUGAAAACGCCACUCCUGACGCCACCAGCGCCCAGCAGGGUCAGCGCACCAAGCGCCAGAAGCUUCUCGCACUGGACAACGAAGUUGCGAUCUCCAGCUCCAAUUUCAAGAACCAGCAGAACGACCGCUCGUCCAUCCUUAAGCCUGCUUCUUUCUUGCCCCGUGACCCUGUCCUGCUCACUCUCAUGACCCGCCAGCAGAAUGGGGACUUCGUCUCUAGCGUAUUUGGCGAGGAUCGUGGACGCGGAUGGGCACCCGAGCUGCGUGGAAUGCUUUCUUUGGAAUCAGCUAAGAAGGCUGGUGAGCUGAAGCGUAAGCGUGACAGUGGAAUCUCUGAUAUGGAUGUUGCUGCCGCUGAUGUCCCUGCUCUCGAGCUUGGUGAUGAGGAAGCCAUUGCCCCUAUGGACGAGGGAAUUGCUCUCGACACCACCUUGAACCAGCGCUCUGAGAUUCAAUUCCCCGGAGACGACGAUGAGCAAUUGCACCUGAGUGAAGGUGAAAUGGAACCCAUGGAGGAGUUGGACGACACCAUCUACCCCGUGGACACCGAGCCGGUCUCUAUGGGCACCAAGCAUGCCGUGCACAUUCUCCGCGAGAAGCUUGGUGAUUCCGCCACCUCCCAGAAGAAGAGCGUGCUGUUCCAGGAUCUUCUCCCCGAGCAGCGCUCGUCCAAGGCCGAUGCUACCAAGAUGUUCUUUGAAACUCUGGUUCUAGCUACAAAGGAUGCCGUCAAGGUUGAGCAGAGUGCCAAGUCUAUCGGUGGUCCCCUCAAGAUCCACGGUAAGCCAGCACUCUGGGGCUCGUGGGCCGAGGAGAACGCCGCUGGUGCCAUGGGUCAGUUAAGUCAGGCCCUGUAG